CCCUUUUGGACAACUCCGAUUCGGAUUGUUGAGCUCUACCGGCGACCGUUGGAUUCGAUUUGACUUCGUGAACGACUCGCUGUGACAAAUCCAUACACAAUGGCAAUGGCAAUGGCAGGACUGGGAGUGGGACUGGAGGAGCAGCCGCGAUCGUUGGCGCUCAUCGCGUUGUUGCGGCAGUUGUCGACGCUGAGCGCAGCAUUGGACGAGACGACGAUGCGGAUACGGCAGGUCGAGCAGGACGCGCAGACUGCCGACGCCGCGCACGCCACAGCGCAAGCAAGCAAGACGGAAGCACUGCAGUCGCUUCAGACACACAUUACAGGCUUACUGCGCAAGAAGGCCGAGCUCGUCUCGCGACUGCAGGCGCCGAUCAUGUCGGACGGGCUUCGCGUCGAUGCCGCCUUCCACAGCGAAACAGUCUCGCUGUUUACAACCAUGGCUCAAUCCUUGCAGCAUUUGUCGGAGCGGCUCAAAGACAUGGCGUGGAUGAGCUCGUUCUCCCUUGCGGAUGGUCGCUUGGAAACGGCGCUCGAUCAUACUGCUGCAGUCAUUUCAACCUACCAAUCCACGUUCCAAGCAUCAGUACAGCUCCAGCAAGCUGUGGCGUCAUUGGCGGGGUCCACUGCAUCCUCCGCAAUGCAAUAACGCGCAAGCGUUUUGGUGCGAUUUCCGCAGUUGUCGCAAUUGCCGCAUUUUAUUCAGUCUUGUUUUCUAGUGACGCGGUGAGCGUUGUGCCAGUCGCACGCAUGAUACUGCGCUCGGUGAUUCGCAACGCAUGACAAUUGGAGUCUUUUUGAUUGAUUUUCAACGAAAACCCGAUUGCCUCGAUCGUUCUGCCGGCAUGUGCCACUGCCAUGUUGUGAGCUCGUCAAUAACAUUCCUCUCUUGAUUCCAGCACCAACGCUCCUUCACACAAACUCCAUCACAACUUCAACAUUCUCAGCAU